GUGCAGAACAUCUCCCAGUCGAUGGAGGUGCUGGACCUCCGGACCUACCGGGACCUCCAGUACGUGCGCAACACCGAGUCCCUGAUGAAGGGCUUGGACUCCAGGCUGAAGGUGGCUGCUGAGAGCCAGAAGAGCCUCAACGCCAAGAGCUUCCAGGUGUGGUACAUGGACGGUUACUACAAGGGCCGCCGGGUCUUGGAGUUUCGGACCUUGAACGACUUCGUGACGGGACAGAACUUCGUGCAGCAUCUCCUGCCGCAUCCCUGGGCCGGCACCGGCCACGUGGUCUUCAACGGCUCCCUCUACUACAACAAAUACCAGAGCAACAUCGCGGUGAAGUACCACUUUCGCUCCCGCAGCGUGCUGGUGCAGCGCAGCCUCGCCGGCGCCGGCUACAACAACACCUUCCCUUAUUCUUGGGGUGGUUUCUCCGACAUCGACUUCAUGGUGGACGAGAGUGGGCUGUGGGCCGUCUACACCACCAACCAAAACGCCGGCAACAUCGUGGUGAGCCGGGUGGACCCCCAGACGCUGGAGGUCCUGCGGAGCUGGGACACGGGUUACCCCAAACGAAGCGCCGGAGAGUCCUUCAUGAUCUGCGGCACGCUCUACGUCACCAACUCCCACCUUGCCGGCGCCAAGAUCUAUUUUGCCUACUACACAAACACUUCCAGCUACGAAUACACGGAUAUUCCCUUCCACAACCAGUAUUCCCACAUAUCCAUGCUGGACUACAACCCGCGGGAGAGGGUGCUCUAC